GGCAACGACGGACCAUGGAGCACGUUUGACAUCCGCGUCGGCACGCCAGAACAGUACAUCCGGGUGCUCGUGUCGACGGCGUCCCCACAGACCAUGGUCGCGCUCGACAGUGACGGGUGCUCCGAGGCGGUUUUCGGGACGAUGCCGCCAGACUGUGCAGUGUCACGCGGCGGGCUCUUCAACAUCAACGAGUCGUCCAGCUGGACGGAUGUCGGUCUGCACGGGAUCAACGGCAAUGGCGUUGGGCUCGAGGCGAACUUGGGCUAUGUCCAGCGGGCACAGUUUGGCCUGGAGACGCUGGGACUCGGGCUGUACGGGCCGAGCUUUGAGAACCAGACUGUCGCUGGCAUUGCGACACCAUCGCCGUUUUACCUUGGGAUCCUCGGCCUCAACGGGCAGCCAGUCAACUUCACCACCCUCGGCAACUAUUCGUCUCCGUCGCUCCUGACGACACUCAAAGAGCAAAAUAAGAUCCCAAGCCUGAGCUGGAGCUACACUGCCGGUGCAGGAUACCGCCUCAAGCAAGUCUACGGCCAGCUCAUCUUCUCCGGCUACGACACCUCGCGCUUCACCCCGAACAGCGCAUCCUUCAGCAUGGCCGGAGACGUGACCCGGGACCUAGUCGUAGUGCUCCAGUCGAUAAGCUACUCCGGCUCCUCGUCCACGGACCAGCUCCUCGGCUCGCCCAUCGACAUCUACAUCGACUCGACCGACCCGCACAUAUGGCUGCCCCAGACCGCAUGCGAGGCGUUCGAGGCCGCAUUCGGCCUGACCCUCGACGGGGAGAGCGGGCUGUACCUGGUCAACGACUCGCACCACGAGACCCUGCUGGACGAGAACGCGCAGGUCACUUUCCGCAUAUCGGAUGUCAAGGGCGGCGGGGAGGGGGUGGCGAUACGCCUGCCGUACGCGGCGUUUGACCUCGUCGCGGAGAAUCCGCUUGUUAGCGGAGAGGGAAAUGCAAGUGCGAGAUAUUUCCCGCUCAAGAGGGCCGCCAACGAGACGCAGUAUACACUGGGGAGGACCUUCUUGCAGGAAGCUUAUCUCUCGGCCGACUACGAACGCAAAGUUUUCAACGUGUCAGCGUGUACCUGGCAGGAAGGCGCCGAGGAGAACAUCGUCACCAUUCCGUCCCGCGAGGGCAACACGGGUUCCAGCAACGACGACGGCGGAAGCAGCAGUGGCAGCAGCAGCGACAGCGGCCUCAGCACCGGCCAGAUCGCGGGCAUCGCCGUAGGCUCCGUGCUCGCCGGGUUGCUGGUCAUCGCGCUCGUCGUGUUCUGCGUGUUCCGCCAGCGCAGAAAG